AAGUGAAACACAAUAGUUUCUUAACAAUGGUGUCGUCGAAGAAACCGAACCAGGAGAAGAAGCCGAGUAGCGAUGGUGCUCGAAAUUCACGCAGCAGCUCCGGUUCUAAUUCCAAGAAGAAGACACCGAAAUUACAGGCCAUUGCGAAGAAAGAGCCGGAGGUUCACGAGAUCUCGGAGUCUUCGAGCAGCGGCUCCGAUGAGCCGAAGAAGACAAGCAAUGGGGGAGGAGGAGGAGGAGUGGAAGACGCUAAUAAGAUGAUUAGGUUUCCGAUGAAUAGGGUACGGAGGAUAAUGAGAAGCGACAACUCUGCUCCUCAGAUCAUGCAGGACGCCGUGUUUCUUGUCAACAAAGCCACGGAAUUGUUCAUUGAGAGGUUUUCUGAAGAAGCUUAUGAAAGUUCUGUCCAGGACAAAAAGAAAUUCAUCCACUACAAACAUCUCUCAUCUGUAGUGAGUAACGACGAGAGAUACGAGUUCCUUGCGGAUUGUGUUCCUGAGAAACUAAAGGCAGAGGUCGCGUUGGAGGAAUGGGAAAGAAGCAUGACUGAUGCAGGCUGAAAUGAAACUGGUUGGAACCCACCUGAACCGUGUGUUCUGUUGGUUUAUUAGGUCCAUAGUGAGAUUGCCACAUAUUCCAUUACCAUAGUGUGUUUGCAUUUUUUAUUUUAUCUUUGUAGUAUACUCUACCUACAAUUAAUUUUACAAAUCAGAGUAUAAAAUAUUAACAAAACAUGUGAAUAAAAAUUAAGGGAAGGCUACAAAAUAAACCAGUUAGCUUUACUUUAACUAAUUAUUAUCAAAAGUCCUACAAGGAUAAGGUCGUUUCCGAACAAUUUCAUCAUUUAUUUAAGCAAAAUUUAACACAUCCAACGUAUUCGUUGUGGGUUAAACACAAUACAAUAAGAAAAUGUAAAGGCAUCAUCAACUGAUGCUAUAAACAAACUCACGGUUAAUCAUGAUAACGAAUAAGCAAAUACUCAGGGUUAAUCAUGAUGAUCAUAAUAAAAUGAACGGAAAAAGAUUAGACAAGACAGACAAUAACCGCAGGAAAGACAUACCAUAUUCAUUAUAAGAGUAUCCAAAAUAGCUCAGAAUCCGAAAACAUAAUGAGAAGAAAAAAAAAGGAAGCUAGAGUAAUGAGUAACUUCGCCACCUUCGAUCAAGAACCCAGUUACGAGAACAGAGUUCCGACGGAGAAGAAACAAAGCUGCAACUCAUACAAGCGACCAAAUACCAAACUAAUGCAACAAAACUAAAACUGUCUUUCCAUUCAACUGCGGAUGAUAGAGUUUUCCUCCAGGUAGUUCACUUGGCACCCUUCUUGACGGCAGCCUUGGUCACCUUGGCUCCGGUUGGGUCCUUCUUGUCAACGCUCUUGAUGACACCGACUGCAACAGUCUGCCUCAUGUCCCUCACAGCGAAACGUCCAAGAGGUGGGUACUCAGAGAAGGUCUCAACAACCAUGGGCUUGGUUGGAGUCAUCUUCACCAUACCAGCGUCACCAUUC